GACUCCAACGGCGUCUAUCACAUGAUCGCAGGCGCGACGCUGGCCGAGGCAGUCUUCGUCGCGGAGGAGCUGGACCCCAACAACGACUACGUGAAGGAAGCGAUGCGGAAUGGUAUCCCAGGCGCCAUCGUCAUCAAGUGCGAGGCGCCAGACGACGCUGUGAUCUGGCUCAGGCACAACCACAACUUCUACAACACGCUGGGAGGUUCCUCGACGUCAUGGCUGGAAAUCAUGGAGAACUGCAGGAAGGUGGAGGAGUCGCGGCGCGAGGAGUGCCGCAUCAAGGCCAUCACUACAGAGAACUGCCCGAAGAGCGGUCCGUAUCGGUACGAAAAGUUGUAUGCGCAGCACGUGCAGAAGAAGUUCAAGGGAUGGUUCUUAAACUGGGACCAUUUUCAAGCAUCGAAGGCCGCAUUCGGCAAGGCAGGCAGUUUCGACGCGGAUGCCUCUGUGUAUGCUGAGUGGAAGGCUUGGGCAGAAAGUCACUGCAAUUUCCUGGACUCAACGGUGAGGAACAGCACGCUGGCCGACAUCCACAACGCGGUGCUCGUGACGGCCGAGUGGUUCAAAGACAACGGCGCAGGGCCAGCUUGGCUUCUCCGGGAGGCCGUCUUGAUCAUGCUGAAGUUCGCGACGCCCACCGUGGAAGUUGACGAUGCGAAGAAGUUCUGCGGAGGUUUGAAUAUCCAUCACGCCGUGAGGGCGAGGAGGCAGCUCUCAGCUCUGAAGUGCCCUAUGGGCGGCAGCGUCACCUACAAGAGGACCAGCUCCAAGCGCAAGAAGGGCGGCGAUGGCGACAACGAAGAUGAUGAGGGAGAAGCAAAAGCACCUGCUGUGGCCGACGAGGCUGCAACCGCGCCUCAGGCAAAGGGGAAAGCCAGAGCUAAGGGCAAGGCGAAGGCAAACGCUGCGAAGUUCAAGAUCGAGGAGAAGCUGGUGGACACGGUCACGACGGUCACCUCAGCAACGGGUUCGAGGGGCAAGCUCUGGCUCGACGACCUCUUCGCCGCGGUGCUGGCGCCGUUGCAGUCGAUUCACGAGCGCAGCUACGAUAAGAAGGCGAUUUCUGACAUCCUCUGUGACGGCUUGAAGUUCGCUACCAACGGGGAAAUCUCGUUGAACGGCAAGGCGUUGAAGUCUGCGGGGUCGUGGAGCAAGGUUCGUAAAGUGCUGCAGGAGGAUUGCGUGAAGGCCCACAUCGCCGCCCUGACGGCCGUGACUGAAGUGCAGGCGGCGAUUCAGCCGACAGCGGACGGCACAGCCCCCAGCGCCGAUGAGGUCGCGUCGAACGUGCUUGCCAUCCUCGGAUCUGGCGACUCACCCCUCAUGGUGGACGACUUUGAGGCACCGCAAGAGUUUCACGCGGAGCUGAAGGACUUCCUGGAGGAUUCUUCGUUCGUCUUGCACUUCAUGGCCGUCCACGGGGGCAAGAAGAUCGACGCUCCAGUCGCGUUGCAGCCAGCUGUGAUCAACAUGAGCGCUACCAUCGGCACAGAACUACCAAGUCUCCAAGAUCGCUAUGGGCAGGGCAGCAAGGGCCGCGUAGACUUGUUGUUGCUAUUGCAGACCAUUGGGCCCCACGUCUACAGCGUGUACAACGAGCGUUGGGCAGACUUCGGCAGCUAG